AUGACUGAUUUACCUUAUCAAGCUGAAUAUGCGAAAACAGGAAGAGCUUCAUGUAAAGCCUGUAAAGCAAAAAUUGAUCAGGGGGAUUUACGAAUUGCGAUUAUGGUUCAGUCAGCCUUUCAUGAUGGAAAGCAACCAAAUUGGCAUCAUGAAGAAUGCUUCUUUAAAAAAAAGUGCCCUGAAAAUAUUUCUGAUAUCGCCAAUUUUAAUAAGUUAAAAAAUGAAGAUCAGAAAAGAAUUAAAAGUAAACUAGGCACUGGCAACCCAUCUGGUGUGGUGUUGCCAUCUGAAAAACCAAAGAAAGGAAAAGGUCAAAAAAGGGAUAAUAACGAAAAAGCUGGUCUUUCAAAUUACUCAAUAGAAUAUGCAAAAUCAAGCAGGGCUACUUGUAAACAAUGUGAUAUUAAAAUUUGUAAGGAUGAAGUUAGGGUUUCCAAAAUGGGUUAUGAUCCAAAGUAUGGAGAUCAUCCAAUGUGGCAUCAUGUUAAAUGUUUUGCAGAGAGGCAAAGUGAGUUUCUAUUUUUUGCUGGAGGGGAAGAAAUCCCAGGUUUCAAUACAUUGAAAAAAGAAGAUCAAACUAUGGUUAAAGAUAUAAUAAAACCUUGUAAAGAAAGUGAAAUACCAAUCAAGAAAUUAAAAAUGGAACCAAAAGAUGAAGCUGAUAUAAAGAAGGAAAAAGACUUGCAGAAGAAAAUUGAAAAACAAAAUAAAACAUUCCAUAAAUAUCGCAGUGCAUUAAGUGAUUUUUCAAAAAGUAAUUUACAUAAAAUACUGACUGAAAACUCACAAGAAAUACUUAAAGGGCAAAAUGAGUGUCUAGAUCACAUAGCUGAUAUGAUGGCAUUUGGAGCUUUGGACCCUUGCCCUGAAUGCAAGGGACAGCUUGUAUUAGACACCUUUUACUAUAAAUGCUCAGGCAAUAUAAGUGAAUGGUCCAAAUGUAGGUAUACUACAAAAACUCCUAAACGACAUACAAUGAAAAUUCACAAGGAGCACAAAGAUUUGGCCCCUUUUAAAAGCUUUAAAUCUAAAGUAUCAGAGAGAGUAUUUGAAGUGGAACCACCACCGACCACUGUUGUUGUGAAGAAGGAAGAACCUGAAAGUUCACAAAAAACUCUUCCAUUGCCUCCAUUGAAAAAUCUGCAAUUUUUCCUGUAUGGUGGUCUGAAAAAGAAGGUGGAAACUAAAAAUCGUAUUUUGAAGAUGGGUGGCUUAGUUGUUAGCAAACUGACGGAGACUCUGGCGGCUGUCGUGUCUACUAAGAAGGACUUGGAAAAGAUGACCAGCAAAAUGCAGGACAUACAAGAUAUGGAUAUUGAGGUGGUAGAAGAGUCAUUCCUUGAUUCAAUUGACCCUGAGAGUGGAACAAUCGCUAAGUCGCUAGAACUGAUCAAAGAAAACAAUAUAGCGGACUGGGGUUCUGAUCCCACAAAACGCGUUCCCCAAGACGUGCUCGACGGGAAAUCCAUACAGAAAUCUGGAAGCAUGUACGCGAAAUCAAAGUCCGCCAUCACUAAACUAAAGAUAAAAGGUGGAACGGCCGUUGACCCCGACUCAGGUCUAGAGGAGAUGGCUCACGUGUACUCGUCUCCAAAUGGAGACAAGUAUUCAGUAGUGCUGGGGAAAACGGACGUGGUGGCUGGGAAGAACUCGUACUAUAAACUGCAGGUGCUUAAGGCUGAUACUGGAAAUAAAUUUUGGCUGUUUCGAUCUUGGGGUAGAAUCGGCACGCCGAUUGGUGGUAACAAGUUGGAGCCGUGCACCACCUUACACGAUGCUAUGGAAAAAUUUGAAGAUCUGUAUUUCGAGAGGACUCAAAAUCACUGGAAGAGCCGACAUAACUUCGUCAAGGUACCUGAAGCAUAUGUGCCUAUAGAGAUGGACUAUAGUGAUGAACCGGCGCAAGCUCUCCAACAAGAUGACAAGUGUUCGCUACCGAGCAGUGUACAGAGUCUGUUGCAGAGGAUCUUCGACAUCGAUACCAUGAAGAAAACACUACUGGAGUUUGAGCUUGAUACAGAAAAAAUGCCGCUGGGAAAACUGUCGAAGAAACAGAUUAAGUCCGGAUAUAAUGUACUAUCAGAGUUACUACAAUUACUGGAAAAGGGUGCAGCGAGUGAAAAUAAAAUUAUAGACGCUACCAACAGAUUUUACACUCUCGUUCCACAUAAUUUCGGCACUGAUAAUCCGCCGUUACUGAAUAAUGUUGAGGCAAUCAAACUCAAGACCGAGAUGUUGGACAACUUACUUGAAAUAGAAAUAGCUUAUAGCCUUCUUAAAUCUGAGGCAGAUGACGACGUUAGUCCGAUGGAGGCGCAUUAUCGUAAGUUAAAGGCCGAUAUAACUCCUAUCGACAAGAAAUCAGAAGAAUUUGAAAUGAUUGUAGAAUAUGUGAAGAAUACACACGCGGCCACACACAGUGGAUACAAGUUGAACGUUCAAGAGGUGUUCAAAGUAGUUCGCGAAGGUGAAGAGAAGCGGUUUAAACCUUUCAGAAAACUUCACAAUAGAAGACUUCUAUGGCACGGAUCCAGAACUACUAAUUUUGCUGGAAUAUUAUCUCAAGGUCUUCGGAUCGCACCUCCCGAGGCUCCGGUAACUGGUUACAUGUUCGGGAAGGGUAUCUACUUCGCUGACAUGGUGUCCAAAUCAGCUAAUUACUGUUGUACCUCUAAGAUAAACAACAUCGGUCUGAUGCUGCUUAGUGAGGUCGCCCUCGGAGAUAUGAAGGAGUGUGUGAAAUCUGAGUACGUAACGAAGCUGACGGACAAACAUUCAGUAUGGGGCGUGGGACGCACGCAGCCCGACCCUGAACGGGCGAAAACUUUACCCGGGGGACUUGUAGUACCGCUGGGACCUCCUGUUAAUAGAGACAUCAGCACCGUGCUGCUAUACAACGAAUUCAUCGUAUACGACGUUGCUCAAGUGAACGUCAAAUAUUUAAUACAAAUGGAAUUCGACUACCAAUAUUGA